GGGCAUGAAUUAUCAGCGAUGCCUGUGUCGAGCGAGCGCCAUCGCCGUCGCUGAUUUGGGGUUGAGCAUCUGACCGGAGCCUGACGUCCAUCGCUGCUGAGAGGGCGUAGCGUGGCCGACCCUGUGGCCGUCGGAGAUGCCAGGCGACGGGGAUGUCGUCUCCGCUAAUCAGGCGAGGAAGAAGAAGAAGAAGAAGCGGCGGUGUGGAGCUGCGCAGCGCAAGCGACGGAUGAAGGAGCCGCGCAGCGGAGUUGCGCCCGGACAUGCCACUGAGACAGGCGUGGCCCUGCCCAAGGGGCCUGCUCUAGAAUGUGCGCGUCGGCCAUCGGCGGGUGCGGCCAAGGCGGCGGCAGGAGGUGAUUGUUGUGCGACGGGACGAGGUCCGGAGCGCGACGGCGCGCUGCACCCCGCCCAGGCGUUACGCGCUGGGCACAAUAAGUUCGCCCACCCGCGGGGCCACGGGUUUGGGCCCAUCUGGCUGCACAGCUACGUGGCCGGUGUGGCGGCCAUGUAUGCCAUUCGUGACGCGUGGCGGAUGGAGUUCGAGGUGCAGCCGAAGGAGGAGGGGGGCGGCGGCGAGCCUGCUGUGUUCUGUCGCCCAGCGGAACGGUUCGUGCUCAAGUGCAGCGUGUGCAGGGCAACCGCGGUGCUGCAGGCGUCUGGCGGCCGCUGGCAACUUACGCAUCAGGAGCAUGCAGCGGGUAGCCGCCACAUGUGCAGCAGGACUGGCAAGGCACAUGCGCCCGGGCUGAUGAGCCGGAGGAAGCUGCGCAACAUGGAGACGCGGCGGAUGGCCCAGGCGGACAAGGCGCUCCUGCAGGGCCAGUGGAGGGAGGGGUCCGUGCCGCUCCAGCCGGAAUUGGUCGCGUCGGGCGUCGAAGUGGACAGCUCAGGGAGCACCACCGCCGUGCUGUACAGCGCGGAGCCGAACUCCGCGUCGCCGCUGCACGCGGAGGUUCGCGCGCACGGGGCGCGUUGCGAGCUGCAGCGUCUGCAUGUGGGGCGUGUCGACCCCAAGAUGAAGGUGUUCACCAUGCCGCUGAGAGUGGCCGAGAGGAUGCGCCGGAACCACGUCCCGUACUACAACGGCACGAGCCUCCCCGCGGCCCCCGCCGAGCGCAAGGCCGCUGGCGCCGCGGCCAUCGCUGCCGCGGAGGCGGCUGGCGCCUAUCCGAGGAGGAAGCGCGGCUGGGCACAGGCGGACACCGCCGCGCGUGGGCGCCGGCAGAAGCGGCGCCUGGCGCGUAUGCGCGGCAAGGGGAGCGAGCCGUCGCUGCCGCCGCCCGUGAAGCGCGUCCCCGUGCGGAACCAGCCUGCCGAGGCCCGCAAGGCGAGGCAGCGUGCCUACCGCAACCAGUACUGCAAGCAGCGGCGCAUCCUCCUGCAGGGCAAGGGGCCCUCAUGGGUUGCGGCGCGGUGGGCCGCGUAUCUGGGCGGGCUGGCGCCCCAGAUGUACGACUGCACCGGCCACAGCGCCGUUGUGCUCGGGUACCGCCCAGAGGAGGUCGCAGCCGUGGAGGACGCCAAGUUUGAGUCUGACUGCGCCAGGCUUGCGGCAGCGUGUGGCGCAGCGGCAGCGCCCGCCCGCCCCCGAGUCAGUUGCAAGUGGGCGAGCAGCAGCAGCAGCGGCGGCGGCGAGAGCAGUAGCGGUGACAGCAGUGGCGGCGACAGCAGCAGCAACAGCAGCAGCAGCAGCAGCAGCAGCAGCAGUAGCGGCAGCGUGGGCAGCGGCAGCGCCAGGGGCAUCCGCGGCCGCCGUGUCGGAGCCCGCGGCAGCGCCUCUGGUGCCGGCCGUGACAGUGCCAGCGGCGCGAGGCAACGCGUGCGCAUGUCCGUGCUGGCGGCGGUCGGGCAGGCGAGGCACCCGGCUGUGGUCGCUGCGGCAAUUCGCGACGGCAUGACCGCGCUCUUCCAGCAGGGCUGCUGGGCGAAGUGCCCUGCGCACUUUGACGGGCAGUUCUACAUGGCCGGUCGGACGUCGCCGGACUGCGUGAAGGACGCCGCCAUCGGGUACGCGGACCAGCGCAAGUACGAGGCCGCUGCGGCGACCGAGGACGCAGCGACGGAGCCGGAGAGGCUCAUCGAGACCAUGUGCCGCACUGUGUGGGGGGCGGCCGUGGAGGUGUUCCCGUUCCUGGAAGAGUGCAGGGACGUGUUCCUGUCCCCGGUGGGCAAGGGCGUGUGCUACGACGGCACCAUGACGAUGCAAGUCAGCGUCACACGGAACUGCGGCGUCGGGCUGCACGCGGACAAGGAAGACGGUCCCUUCAGCAUCAUGGUGUGGUGCAACCAGGGGCCGGGGCGGCUGAACGGUGGCGCGUUCUGCAUGCCUGGCGUUGGCCUGAAGGUCAUCCCCACCGGCCUCACCAUCGCUGUGCUGGCUGCCGGGACGGUUAUCCACGGCACCCUUCCCGUGGUUGCAGUGCCCGGCGGCGCGGAUGCAGGGGCGGCUCAGGCGCCUGCAGCGUGUGCGUCGCUUUCGCCGCAGCAGUUCCAGGCGCCCGGGCCUGCGCGUUUUGGCUUCUCGCACUUCAUGCGGCCGCGCUACCUUCAGUCCGUUGCCAGCAUGGCCGCCGGGGCUGGGAGCUUGUACGGGCUCUGGGCGCUGCAGCGCGACCGCACCAAGCAGAUCCUGCAGGUGGCGAUGGAGCGCCAGCGGCUCACCGCCGCCCGGCGCCGCCGGGAUUUGUCGCUGGCCGAGGAGGCCAGGCUUGAGGAUGCAGCAGCUGCGGUGCCCCGCAUGCGCGACGCGCUCCAGGUGCAGUUUGGCGAGUUGCGGCAGCGCGGGGAGGGCGCCAGCGCUUUCAACACGCCGCUGUUCGCCAAGUGGCCGCCGCGCUGGCUGGCGCAGUCGCUGCUGUGGAAGGCGACGACGCUGCCCGCGCCGGCGGAGGCGGCGGGGCGGCCGAACACGGGGAAGCAGAACACGGGGAAGCGCGGUCGUGAUCGCGGAGCGGCAGCUGCAACCACAGCCGCACCCGCGCUUGAGAUUUAGAGGCCUGCGGAAGGCACGGGCGGCUCUGCCCGAGGCACGCACGGCUCUGCCCGAGGCCCGAGGCACGCACGGCUCUGCCCGAGGCACGCACGGCUCUGCCCGAGGCACGCACGGGCGGCUCUGCCCGAGGCGCCGCCGCGCCGGACGGUGGCGUGCGGACGGUGCCGCUGUGUGCUGAGGGCCGUUGGCCGCGUGCUGUAUGCGGCCAGCGCAGGAGGCCGAGGGUGGCGCGUGUGCGUGGCCGCGCAUUCCGAAGGUGUCGCCAAGCGGAGGGCGUGUGCGCACAAGGUGUCCCAACGUUAUGGCAUCGAGUGCACAGGUGUGGGCAUGGCGCGUCUGAGAUCACCGGCAACCG